ACAUGACAACUACUUGGCAAAUGCUCUUUAUCGUAUAAUUGUACAAAUUAAAAAAUCAAAAUUGAGAGUCGAUAUAUAUAAGAAGCGCGUACGUUCAAGAAGAAGAUUCACUGGACACGGACCAGCCGCGAAAGAAAGUGCGUUGUUGAAUUUGUUCAAUUUGUGUGGGUGGUUAUCGCAAUUUGUUGAAGCGUUUAAUAGAAGCGUCGUACCGUACGACAACUUUGUAGUUUAUCUUUUGUUGUUUAUUUUUGAAUAACUAAACAAAUCGACAUGGCCGCAUUGCUGAAAUGUAUGGCAGUUAUCGUCCUAUUAAUAUUUUUGGUUAACAUUGAAAAGAUAGCAGCCAGACCUGGAAAUGAAUGGCCAAAUUAUCCAAACCCCUGUAAUAAAGAUGAUAUUCAAAUCGAAAUAUGCCAACGUUGUGCCAAAGCUACAAAGUCUCCAUUGGUAUAUCCUAUGUGCUGUAACGAUGAAGACAACGUUUAUUCAUGGUGUAACAAGUACAUAUUCUUUGGGUCAAAUCCCUAAUAAAACACAUACUUAAUC